CAAUUCCAAGCAUGCUGUAUGUCGCACUGUACAUGGAAUGAGCCGCGAUGCAAGCAGCAACCCAUGCUGCGGCAAGGCUAUCAACGGAGCAACGUGAUGGACUAACGAUGGCGUGUGCUGGAACCGUGUUCUGGAACUCCGCAUUCGUGACCCUCACCGAUGUCUGCUGUAACACCACUUCCCCACUUCGGUAAUCCCAAGCCUUCCGCCCCGCUGUCAACAAUAACACCAUGGCUGGACGACCUUACCUCAGCCUGCAGCGCGUUCGUGUCGAGGACGUUCCACAGCACCCCGAAAUCAAAAAUCUCGCGGCAAAUGCUCCGGCUCCGACAACGUUUCUCACCGCCGUCUUCAGCGAAGCCUUGAAAGAGGAUUUCGAGACGGGUUUCACGGUCGAAGGCAUUUGGGCGCCUACCGGCAAGAAUGUCAAGAUCACGGGACUCGAAGGUGGCUCCUCAGCUGUACCUGUUUCGGUUGAGCAGCGCAAGAAGGGCAAGGGUGACAACACGUGGUUUGCAAGACGCUCAAAGCAUGCGGAGACCGACGUAAGACACACGGAGCUUGAUGCCUUGUUAAUGAACGACCAUAGCUGGUGGGAAUACCAGUACACCCCGGAUCUGUAUGAUGGCAAUCUGCUCUUGGAGUGGGAUGCCAACAUGUUGGCAGAAGCUGAGGGCAGCCUGAAGCAAGAUUUGGGGAUAGGUGGUGUGGAAAUGCGCGUCGUUCAGAUGUUCCAUGUUCUGCCGGGCCCACUGCAAGACCGUGUGUUCCAUGCGCUCGCGAUAUCUGGCAAGCAAGAAGGUCAGUCUAUCAACAUGCAAAUACCUAUCGACUACUCGUCUUUCGUUGCAGUGGAGACGAUCCGGGCCAGGAGCCGUUUGAAGCCCCAGGGCAAUGCCUUCCGAUACAACACAAAUGCGAACCGCCAUGAGAACAGAGAGCCCAAGCCUACCAAAAUGCAGCAGGAAAGGAGCGGCAAGAGAGUGACGGAAGGUAUAUACGCCUCUUUGGAGCGCAUUCGCAUACAUACAGGCACAGAGCCUCAGUACACGCAGUGGGACAUGAUGACGCUCAGCAACGCAGGAGGCGUCGUUUCUUCAGUCCCGGUAGCAAUGCAGAAGGGCCAACUACUAGAGGCCGUGAGCAAGGAUGUACAGUUCGUAAUUCAGGAGGUUGGAAAGCGUAGAGAGGGUGGAAAAGUAUAGUGGGGCUUAGUGGUGUGCGAAAAGGUCCACGGGACGGAACACAUGCCGCAGACUGCAGAUGCGCGUGGCUCCAUGCCAAACCGAACCACACCAGGGCUUUCGCUGUCGAGCUCCAGCCCUCAGCCUCAUCGCACGCAUGGCUAAGCCAC